AAACGGAUGGCGACGAUUCGGCGACGAAGUCACCGCGGAACGACCACGUCGCUCAGUUCCUGAAACGUGGGCGCGAGGCACGCGUCGACAAACACCCGCGAAGACAACCCCCCGCAACCCUUUUCUCAGCGAGAUGCACUUGCCCGUGGCGUUGACGAUCCUCGCGUCGUCGUUCCUGAUUACGCGAGUCUGCGCCCACCUAAUCGCGUGGCGAGAAACGAGGAAGGAAGGACCGAUACGGGACGCGAUCGAGAGCGGAGCCGCCGCCGAGUACAACAAGUCCGACUGCGUCUGGAGACACGACAAUGACGUUUGCCCGGAUCCGGAUGUGCACGUGUAUCUGUACUCGCCGGGCCAUCCGCGCGGACGCCUGCUGGAUCCCCUAAAGCAGUCGCACUGGCUCCGGAAGGAUUACGAUCCCACCAAGGACAGCGCGAUCGUGAUUCACGGAUACGCAGGUCCGUCGACAAUAAUAGCUUUAAAGGAUGCUUACCUGAAGAAUGGCAGCUAUAAUGUGUUUCUGGUCGACUGGGGGGCUUUAAGCGCCCGGCCGUGUUACGCGGCCGCGGCAUGGAAUAUACGACCGGUAGCGAAAUGUCUCGCCGGCACCCUGAAGACCUUGAGACAUCUUGGCCUGCCGAUCGCCAGAACCACCUGCGUCGGGCAUUCCAUGGGCGCUCACAUCUGCGGUGUUAUGACUGAUUAUUUUUCCUUUAGAAUGCAUAGGAUAAUCGGCUUGGAUCCCGCGCGUGUGCUUGUCCGUCCGGGCCUGGUGAACCGUUUGAACACCGGUGACGCCGACUUUGUCGAGGUGAUGCACACCAACGCCGGAGGCCACGGCGAGGUCGGUCGCGUCGGCGACGUGGACUUUUUCAUGAACGGCGGCACGAUGCAGCCCGGCACGAUGCAGCCCUUCUGCGCGAAUCAAACGAUGUACCCACAGACGUGCAGCCACUUGUACGCGGUCUGCUACAUGGCGCAGAGCGUGGAUAACGGCGGGAGGAGCCUGAUCGCGAAGUCCUGCUUUAGGAGAUCCCCGUCGGGCCCGAGAACCGCCAUCCGGGCGGGUAAAUACGUAACGAUAGGAGAGGACACCCCGAUCAACGUCAGAGGAUCCUUCUGCUUCAGCAACCCCGUUCCGCCGUACUGCCCGAAGUACUGGAACGGCCACGGCAACAAGAGAUGCUGCAUCCCGGAGAUAUUGGAGAAGGUACCGCCGAAGUAAGGAGGAGAUAGAAGAGAACGACGUGAAGUAUGACAACUCGACGAAACGCUUAAAAUCGACAAGCCGUUCUAAGUCGAAUUUCGAGCUCGACCUAAC